AUGGAGAUGACCAGUAGCAUCAUGCGCUUUGCCUUGGCGACGUAUUUUAUGAAGCGAGGUGGCAGUUCUCGUCCUGUUCAGUCUGACUACGAGUCGCUCUCGCCCUCUCCUUCUUAUGAGCCGAGCUUUGCUUCAAGUGACGAAGAAGAGAGUCAAGAUGUUGACUCGGAAUUCUCCGACGUGGUAUCGACCCAUGUGUCAAAUUUACGGCAGUUGCUAGCGGGGCAGCGUUUGCAGGAGUGGGCGAUAGGGAUAGCUGAGCUUCGAGAGCACGUAGCAGUGAAUAACCUUGUGAGGUCAUUGGUGGCGGUGCUAGUGAAGAUGAUCAAGGCACAAGAGGAAGAUAUGGAUUGCCUCGUUCAAGUGAUCGAGGGCUUAAGCUUUGAGGAGAACGGAGAGCCGUCCAAGGUAUUCAACCAGCUGGUUGAAGCACUGAGUCAUUACUGUAAGGACAAGGACACUAGAGUGGCGAUCUGGAUGGAACAAACAGUUGAUGCUGUCUUACACAGACUAUGGCAGUACCACGAGCAUCGCUUUGGGACAACAAACUAA